AUGCUAGAAAAGGAACUUUCGCUUAAAGGCUGGAAUUGGGGUACAGCUAAAUUCAAUGGUGCAGUACUAAGCUUCAAUGUUGGUUCAAACACUGCUUUUGAAAUACCUUUACAUUAUGUUUCACAAUGUAACACUGGCAAAAAUGAAGUUACACUUGAAUUUCAUCAGAAUGAUGAUACUCCUGUCUCAUUGAUGGAGAUGCGUUUUCAUAUACCAACAAAUGAGCUGGCAGGUGACAUGGAUGCUAUUGAAGCUUUCCACCAACAGGUUAUGAACAAGGCUAGCGUUAUAUCAGUUUCUGGAGAUGCUAUUGCCAUCUUUAGAGAACUACAGUGUCUCACUCCUCGUGGUCGCUAUGACAUCAAGGUGUUCCAGACUUUCUUCCAACUCCAUGGUAAAAGAUUUGAUUACAAAAUUCCAAUGUCAACUGUACUAAGACUCUUCCUGCUGCCACAUAAGGACACUAGGCAAAUGUUUUUUGUGGUAUCACUGGACCCACCUAUCAAACAAGGUUAA